AUAAUAAUAAUAAUCGAUUAUUAGAAAAUAAUCCAAUUUGUUAUUGUGAAAUAAAAAGUCCUUCACUGAAAGAUGUUCAACCAAAGUCAUGUGAUGAUACGCUUAACAAUCAAUUGUGUGACAGUCACACUAUGAAUCAUAAUAGGCUGAUACAAAUUCCAAACACAAACAACGAUGAAUCACUGCAAAACCCAUUAUCAUCAUCAACUACCAUUAGAACAAUGACUACGGUUGAGAAAAAUAUUUCAACAAACUCUAUACCAAACAAUGAUACAUUGCUGAUUGAUCAUUCAACCAGUAAUAUUGAUGGUAAACAUUUCAUUCCAAAGGAUUACAACCGGUUUAUGACAUCAUCGAACUUAUCAACAAAUAAUGUCAUCAACACAAGUGAACAAAAGUCUAUUUUUCAUACACAAUUAAUUGAAACCCUGUGACAAUUAAGAAAAAACUGUGUGAUUAUUUUAAUCCAAGAACGAAAUACUAGCAUUGAUUAGUCAGUCAAUUAUUGAUUUUUCUUCAAAUUGUAUAAAUGUUUUCAAUGUUUAUAUUACAGCUUUGUUAUAUUCAUUCCGAA